AUGGCCGCCAUGGAGGCCGCGGCGGGGCCGGCGGCUGCUGUGUCUGCAGCUGCAGUGGCUGUCCAGACCACUGCGGCCGUCUUGCUCGCAGCCGAGCCUCUCGACGUGUUUCCCUCCGGAGCCGCGGUACUGCGGGGACCGCCCGAGCUGGAGCCCGGCCUCUUUGAGCCGCCGCCCGCGGUGGUGGGGAGCCUACUGUACCCUGAGCCCUGGAGCGUCCCGGGCUGCCCCCCGACCAAGAAGCCGUCCCUGACUGCCCCCCGCGGCGGCUUGACCUUGAACGAGCCCUUGCGCCCCCUGUACCCCGCCGCCACGGACUCUGCUGGCGGGGAGGACGGGCCGGGCCCCUUGGCCUCCUUCGCCCCCUUCUUCCCCGACUGCGCCCUUUCCCCGCCGCCGCCGCCGCCGCCCCCUCAGGUGUCCUACGAGUUCAGCGCGGGUUACAGCCGCACGGCCUACCCCAGCCUUUGGAGACCCGAUGGGGUUUGGGAAGGGGCACCGGGGGAGGAGGGGGCGCACCGGGACUGACUUCGAGGCACUCUUCCCUCCCAUGAAGACUGCGGUGGGGGGCGCAGCGCCUUCAGUUUAAAGGACGGUGGGAAAAACACUCGUGGAGAUGAAACGGGAUUUUUAAAAAGUCAAAUAAUAAAAGAAACAAGAAACAGAGAUGAAGAGGAGUUGAGGAUUGUUUUAAUCACAACUUCAAGUGUUUUUUGUUUAAACCAUUGGUAGGUUCUUACUAAAGCAGAUAGCCAAGAAACCAAGACUGUUUGGGAAUGGGGCGGGGAUGACAGAAGGGGCAAGAGGGGCUUCUGUAGCCACCUGUACCUUCUCCUAUUUUUUGGCAAAGCUCGGUGUAUUUAGUGUAAUUGCCCCUUCUGAACAGUGCUCUGGUCCCUCCCCUUGAGUACAUCGUGAAUUAAAGCCUAUGUUGAAAAGAAUGAA